AUGGCAGGUGAACAGAACCCGGCCCGGGACUUGUCCUCUCUCAACUACUCCGCCAAACUUCUCGUCCGCCAAGAUAACUGCGUCGGCUGCAACUCGGGCGAGAAACUCAUAUGCCCUUCAUGCCCUAGCGGACAAUCAUGCGGCUUUACUACGCAAAGCUGCACCGAAUGCCCAAAAGCCUUUUGUCGAAGUGAUGGUUCUAGCGAUGCUGGCAACGGCGGCGGCAGCACCGGCGCGACCAAAGCCCAUGACGGCCCCAGUGCCGGUCCUAUCGCCGGCGGCGUUGUCGGUGCCAUUAUUGUCAUUGCCGUAGUCACCUACCUCGUUUGGCGAUUCCUCAUCAAGCCCAAGCGAGCCAGCCGUCUGGAUCACCGCGCAACCUCCAUCUACGAAGCCGACAGCACACCCGCGCAGGGUGUCGAGAAGAACGGUCAAGCCGGCCUCGGUCGCCGUGCCUCGACACACACGGUCCACUCGAUCGCCUCGACUGUCUUGACCCGCGCCUCCAACAUUAUCCAGAUUGCCUACAUUCCCGGGGUCACCAACCGCGCCACACCAACCUCGCCAGAUGUACUGGUCCCCCCCGUUCCUCCCAUUCCCGUCAACCACGCCGAAUCACCCAACGGCUCCGAGCACUUCUUCGUGCCUGGAAAUCUGCGCGACUCCACCUACUCUGGCUUCUCGGCUACAACGGAUAGAACCUCGUACGCUCCCCGCUCCAGCAUUGCCUCGACCAUCUACGGCAGACAGGCCGAGGUCCAGACGGCCUCGCACGCUGGUAUGCGCGCCAAGCCCACCGUUGUCAGUGUCAAGCCUGGCAUCAACACGCCGCCGGUUCCCGUCAUUGACAUGCAGCGAUUCGCACUGCCCACUCGCCCCGAGAGCACGGCCAGUACCUUUAGCGUCGGCGCAACCUACACGGCCACUCAAGGUCGCGCUCAGGUGGUUAAGGUCGGGGGACUCAAGAAGAUUGAUCUCGGCGCGAAGCAAGAGGUCAGCUCUCUGUCGGCCGUUUCGUCCAAUGAUUCGCUAGGCAGCAGCAAGGUGAGCUCCGAGGACAUUGGCACCAUCCACAUUGCCCAGGAGCCGGCGCCGCGCGGCACGAGUCCUUUUGCCGACCCUCCCAGCAACACAGGCAGGGCGGUGAAUCUGGCGGCGAUUACUGAAGAAAAGGGCGAUGUCGAGUCUAAAAGGACGAGCAAGACAGAUGGGCCCUUUGGUGACGAACAUGCUACGAAGGAAUAA